CCCUGCCAGAGGUCACGUUACAAAGGUCGUGACAGAUGGCUAACUACUCGACUACCACGACUCAGAACUCUAUUCAGGGGCUAAUAAAGUCUCUGGAGACUCGGCGAGUCAAUACCCUAACAGAACUCUGCCGUAUCGAGCGGGUGGCAGCGGAGUGCGAGGAUGAGCAAGAUAUGAUUGCGUUCCAGCAGCCCAUGACGGAUGCAUGGAGACACUACGUGACGAGUAACCAGCUUCUGAUCGAACUGCGUGGACUUACGCCAAACUACCCUUUCAACGGCGACGUCGUUACUGAUGCGCUUUCCCUUGUCCAGCACGACCCAGAGUCGAACAGGAGCUGGAAUCUGGCCUAUCUUUGCUUGUGUAAGAUCCGCGAUGCGGGCCUUAUCCCAACGCACGCACAAAUCGACUCUUGGCGUCCCGAGAUGUGGGGAGGACGUUCCCCCUCACACGAAGAAGCCGAUCAGCUUUCGGCUUGCUUCGUGUACGAGUGGGCCCAGGCUGUCGAAAGUAUGCUGCAGCACUGGGUCAUACCUCCGACCUGCUACUGAACUAUCUCUAUGCCCACAUAGACAGGAUCCCUUCUGGCCUUGUACACUUACACUGUUCCCCCAGCUGCUCAUCCUUCAUUCCAUACAUCUCUCCGAUCAUCUUCAACAAUGGCGCCUUUGCAUGAGACCUAAUAUUCGUCUUUCACAAGCACCCCGGGGGACACUAAAACUCGGACUAUUGAAAGAUAUCCUCUGCUUUGACAUUUAAAGACGAAUAACCGAAAU